UUCGUACUUGGGUACUUUUAUUGUGCACAGAAGUAAAACUAAGCGAACUUGAGCUAAAUAUAUAUCGUUAAACAUAGCCCACUAGCAGAAGUUUAUAGCUUAGUUUUUAAUAUUUUACUUUCGGUUUCUUGGAAGAGAAUAAAGACUUCAAGUUGUAGUGCUGUUGUGGUUACUGCAGUGCGAACAGUUUCCCAUUUUCUGCUUUGAAGAGAUAUGUUCUUCAAGCAACUCUAUCUAUUGUUAUGGAAAAACUUUACUAUUCGUCGAAGACAUCUCGUUCGAACUAUCAUUGAAAUACUAUGGCCAAUACUACUAUUCUCAAUUUUGAUUGCUGUCAGAUUAACUCAACCAGCAGAAAGAUUACAAGAAUGUCACUAUCCAGCAAGAGCACUACCGUCAGCUGGUGUUUUUCCUUGGAUACAAACUAUGUUUUGCAAUCUUGAUAAUCCAUGCUUCCAUGUUCCUGUAGCAUCAGAAACACCAGGACAAAUUAAUGAACCAUUCAACAGCACCACAGGCCUCACAGGGGGAUUAAGCAAUGUUUUAACAACAAUAGAAGAGGAAACAACAAUAUUCACUAAUCCUGAUGCUUUUGUCCAGGAUAUAACAAUUUUACAAACAAUGAUAAAUGAAAUUGCUAGAGAGGAUUCUGAAAUCAAAGCAACUAUAUCAAGUUUAAUGGGAGAUAGUGGAGCGACCAAAACUGCAUUGAUAAAUAUUGGAUUGAGCAAUGAUCUUGCAGAUACAAUAUUGCAAAGUAAAUUGAACAUGUACCAGGUCGCUCAAUUAAACAGUAAUUCGGAUAAAAAGUCAUUGGUCUGUAAUGUUACUGAACUUUCUGCUGCAAUAACUAUACCUGACACAGCUCCAUUGACUGUUAAUGAGACUUCAGCACAACUCUGUGCUCUCAACAGCUCACAGCAAGAUGCAAUGUGGAAUGAACUACAAAGUGGGGUCGAUUUGAACAAGUUUUAUGAGGCUGAGGGUCAAGAUCUUCUGAUACAAGCAGGUACUGGCAGUGGUUUAAACACGGCAGAUCUUGCCAUUUUCGUUGCUUUACGUCUACCUCAAUUAAAUCAAGAGUUACAGAAAGUUCUUGCAGCUAUGACCGACCUAAUGUCUUCAUUAAGUCCAGAUGGCAGUGGUAAUAUAUUCACUUCGGCUAUUGGAUAUGAUUUAGCAUCAAGACAAGGAUUUGCGGAUUUCUGUGGCCAUCCGUACCCCAAAGAGUCAUUUGGUCAAGCAGCUUUGGGAGGAAUAUCUGAACUUGUGUUGAGAUUGAAUGAUAAUUCUUCUAGUUCAGACUUCUGCACUAAUUUAAUCACAACUUUUGAGUCAAAUGAAGAACUUGGGUUUGCUUGGUCCGUUUUAAAACCUGUUCUUUUUGGCAAAAUUCCUUUUUCUCCUGAUACCAAUAUUACAAGGGAUAUCAUGAGUCGAGCCAACGGAACAUUUGGUGCAAUCGCUAACCUUGACUCUCUUACUCUACAAUGGAUCGAAAAAACUGGACCUGAGUUAUAUGAUUAUUUACAAAAUGAUCCAACAGUUGCUCUGUUUCGGACCAUCCUCGAUGCGGACUUGGGUUCAACUGGUGUUAUUGACAUAUCAGAAUCUCAACUCACGUUUUUACGAGCUUUUCUAUCAAACAAUGAAACAUCAAAUGUUAACGGCACAGUCACAUGGAAACAACUUUACAAUCAACUCAACGUCGGCAUUCUCUUAGUUCAUAAGUUGUUGAGUUGUAUGAAUCUUGAUAAAUUUGAAGGAUAUCCUGAUGAACCAGCACUGGAAGCCAGAUCACUCGAUUUAUUGGAAAAUAAUUCAUUUUGGGCAGGCAUAGUUUUCCAGUCUCCUACUGCGGAAGACACAGAAUUACCGAAACAUAUUAAGUAUAAAAUUAGGCAAGAUGUUGAUGAUGUUAUGCGAACAGAUUUUAUUAAGAUGUACUUUUGGGAGCCUGGUCCUAUGACUGGACCACUAUACAUUAGCUAUUUGGUAAAUGGGUUUGCUGACAUGCAAGAUAUUAUGGAACAAGGCAUUACGAAAGCUACAGCAGAUGUUUAUGGUGACACUGCAGCCACAACAAUAACAUUAGAUUAUGGAAGAGUUCCCAAACUUGGGUACUAUUUGCAGCAAAUGCCGUACCCUUGUUAUGUUAGCGAUAAAUUUCUGGAGUAUUUGAGCAGUAUGAUGUCGUUGUUGAUGACGCUGGCUUGGAUUUAUUCCGUUUGUAUCAUUAUUAAAAAUAUUGUUUAUGAAAAAGAAGAAAGGCUGAAAGAGUUCAUGAAGAUGAUGGGUCUGAGUAAUGGAGUGCAUUGGCUUGCUUGGUUUAUUAAUUCAUUUUAUCUGAUGACGCUUUCAAGUAUUCUUCUCAUUGUCGUGUUAAGGGCUGGAAUGAUUCUUCCAUACAGCAACCCAUUCAUUCUACUGAUCUGGUUGUUAUCGUUCUGUCUUGCAACUAUAGGACAAUGUUUUCUGAUUAGUUGUUUCUUUACAAAAGCAAACUUGGCUGCAGCGUGUGGAGGAAUCAUAUAUUUUAUGCUUUAUAUUCCGUAUAAUUUUGCUAUCACUUGGGAAGAUGAACUGACUUAUGGAGGAAAAAUUGGACUUUCACUUUUUUCUACUGUUGCUUUCGGAUAUGGAGCUGGUUUUGUGUCGAGUUAUGAAAUGACUGGAAAAGGAAUUCAAUUUAGUAAUUGGGAUAAAAGCCCAGUUCCUGAAGAACAAUAUACCUUCGUUACAUCUAUCAUUAUGAUGCUUGUUGAUGCUGCGAUAUAUUUUGUAUUAACAUGGUAUGUUGAAAAUGUUUACCCUGGGAAAUAUGGAAUUCCGAGACCUCCAUAUUUUAUGUUCACAAAGUCAUAUUGGUGUGGAGUAUCUCCCACUCCAUCUGAGAGAGAUCAGAGUGCUUUUCUCAAUCCGGCCUACGCAUCAAAUGGUACUCAAGCAUCUUUGGAAGCAGAACCAGAGCACCUUCCACUCGGUGUCUCAAUCCACAAUUUAACAAAAAUAUAUAGCAAUGGAAACAAACUUGCUGUUGACAACUUGACAUUGAAUUUUUAUGAAGGACAAAUUACAUCAUUUCUUGGACACAACGGAGCUGGAAAGACAACGACUAUGUCAAUAUUGUGUGGUUUAUUCACUCCAACACGUGGAACUGCUUACAUUCACGACCAUGAUAUCAGAACUGACAUGGAUUUCAUUCGAACAAGUUUAGGAUUCUGUCCGCAGCAUAACGUUCUCUUUAGAGAUUUAACAGUGAAAGAACAUCUUGAGUUUUACGCUGGACUCCGUGGGCAAUCAAAAUCUACAAUUCGUGAAGACACAAAACGCAUGUUAGCUGACGUCAACUUGAUUCAUAAAAAAAAUGAAGUUGUCUCAAAUUUAUCUGGUGGAAUGAAAAGAAAAUUAUCGGUCGCCGUUGCAUUCACAGGAAACUCAAAAACAGUCAUAUUGGAUGAACCUACUGCUGGUGUUGAUCCAUAUGCAAGAAGAGGAAUUUGGGAUUUGUUGAUAAAAUACAGACAAGGAAGAACAAUCAUUUUAUCUACUCAUCAUAUGGAUGAAGCUGAUUUAUUGGGAGAUAGAAUAGCCAUUAUUUCCCAAGGGAGUCUCAAGUGUUGUGGAUCAUCUUUGUUUCUUAAAAGUACAUACGGAGUUGGAUAUUAUCUUACACUCGUCAAACAGAAGAAUAUUGCUAAGCCAAUUAAUAAUGAACCAGCUGUAUUGGACGUUUCUCCAGAAGAUGAUGCAGAAUCUGAUGUUGCUUCAGAAGAUGAAGGUUUUGCAAGCAAGGCCGCAAGUUCAAAAUCUUCUAUUGCAGGAGAGAAAAUGUCACCCACAGAAAAAGAAUUAGACCCAACAUUGUUGAAUAAGAAAGAGGCAGAAAAUUUGAUUCAGGAUAUCGUACCAAGUGCCAAAUUAUAUGAAGAGAACAGAGGAGAGAUAACAUUUAUUUUGCCGUACAGUGCUCUUGAAGAGGGAAAGUAUGCUGGAUUGUUUCAAUCUCUCGAUGACAACAAUAUAAGUUAUGGGUUAACUGACACAAGUUUGGAAGAAAUCUUUUUAUCUGUUGCUGAUCAUUUGGAUGAAACAUCAAAGCCAGAUCAAUCAUGUUUUUCAUGUUUCACAAGAAAGCGAACACACAGUACGUCCUCAAUCUCUCCUGAACCAAGUCCAAAGAAUUCUAACGAUAACGCAAAUAGAAAUGAACCCAUUCAACUUGUUAAAGUUACAAGAAAAGACAGUUUGACGCAAAGUGAAGAACCAGAAAAUCAAUCACCGAAAUCCGCUGCAGUUCAACUUGAGCCUGUCCAAGAGGAAGAUGAAGAAGAUAUUGAAGAACUUGACGAUUCUAAUGGAAAAGGAUCCUAUCAAAUUACUGGAGGAAAACUAAUUGGACAACAAUUUACUGCAUUGUUGAUUAAAAGAUGGAUUCAUGCAAGGCGAAAUCGGAAAGGAAUUUUUGCUCAAAUUAUCUUACCAUCUGCAUUUGUACUCAUCGCUCUAUGUCUCACUCUGAUUUUACCUCCUUAUGAUGGUCAACCCUCCCUCGAAUUACAACCAUGGAUGUAUGGGGACAAUCAGUACACUUUCUUCAGCAAUGAUAAUCCAAACAACACAGACUCGUCAUCCAUAUCUGAUGCAUUGAUUGAUUCUCCUGGUUACGGCACCAGAUGUGUUGAUGGAUAUAAUAUAAUGAAUUAUGGAGAUUAUUUACUCGACUGCAUACCAUCAGGAGUUGAUGAAUGGAAAGUUGACAAUGAAACAAAAUCACGAAGCCAAAUGGUGGAUUCUAAGAACUUAACAGAAUGUAUUUGUUCAACUACUGAUGAAAGAGUUCUACUUGCGGAGUGCCCACUUGGUGCUGGAGGAUCCGAAACUCCAUAUUUGAAAACAAACACAACAGACACUGUGUACAAUAUGACUGAAAGAAAUGUUGCUGAUUGGUUAGUAAAGACAACUGACAGAUUUAUUGAAAGAAGGUAUGGUGGACUGUCAGUGGGAGAGAAAUACAAUGCUUGGUUUGAGCAAAGUACUAUCGACAAUCUUGUAGAUUUACUCGCUAGGCUAAAUCAGACAACACCAGAUAAUAAAGAGCUUCUAAUUUUUUUGGAAAAUAUGUGGCGAACAGAGAAUGGACAGGUUUGGUUUGAUAACAAUGGAUUUCAUGCUAUGCCUGCUUAUCUGAACAUAAUGAGCAAUGGACUACUAAGAUCUAAACUUCCUGCUGGAGCAAACCCUUCUGAAUAUGCAAUCACCGUUUAUAAUCAUCCUAUGAAUUAUACAAAGCAACAAGUCAGCCAGGCUGCAUUGGCACAAACAGCGAUUGAUACGGCAAUUGCAAUUGUAGUUGUGUUUGCAUUGUCAUUUGUACCUGCUAGUUUUGUCAUCUUCCUAAUUGACGAGCGAAUUACGAAAGCAAAACAUCUGCAGUUUAUAAGUAGUGUUGACAGACUCAUUUACUGGAUUGCUAACUUUGUUUGGGACAUGAUCAACUACUUGAUUCCAAUGAUCAUUGUUGUCAUCAUAUUUGUAUGUUUUCAAACAAAAGCUUACGUCUCUCCUCAGAACUUACCGUGUCUUAUAUUGUUGAUGCUGUUAUAUGGAUGGUCUGUAACUCCAAUGAUGUAUCCAUUCAGCUUUGUAUUUGAUGUUUCAAGUACAGCAUACGUUGUUCUAACUUGCGUUAAUUUGUUUAUUGGAAUCAACACGAGCAUUGCUACAUUGAUUCUCGAUCUCCUUGAAGGUGAUGAGAAUCUGCAAAGAGUGAAUGACAUCCUACAGAAAGUUUUCUUGAUAUUUCCACAUUAUUGCAUGGGACGUGGACUCAUUGAUAUGGCAGUGAAUCAAGCCACUGCUGAUGCUUAUGCCAGAUUUGGUAUCAAUUCAUUUGUUGAUCCACUCAGUUGGGAUCUUGCUGGAAAAAAUCUUGCUGCUAUGGCUAUUACUGGUGUGGUUUUCUUUGGAAUUAACUUACUAAUACAAUAUAGAUUCUUUAUUCGUCCUACUGUUAAUGAAAUCCCUGAACCAGCGUUUAAUGAGACAAUGGAAGAAGAUGUCAUCAAUGAAAAAACUCGAAUCUUAAAUCAUCAAAAUCCUAAUGACAUUUUGCAUGUCGAAAAUCUAUCGAAAGUUUAUGAGAAAUUUCCCAUGAGAAAGGGAUUACUCGCUGUUGAUAGAAUGUGUGUUGGAGUGGGCGGGGGAGAGUGUUUUGGAUUGCUUGGAGUGAAUGGUGCCGGUAAAACUACAACUUUCAAAAUGCUUACUGGAGAUGAGAUGGCAACAGCCGGUGAUGCAAAAAUAUGUGGAAUGAGUAUUAACCAAAAUAUUCGAGAAGUUCAACAAAACUCUGGAUAUUGUCCUCAGUUUGAUGCACUGAAUUCACACCUGACUGGUUUCGAGCAUUUGCAACUGUAUGCACGUCUACGGGGUGUCCCACCUGAAGAAGUUGAUGUCGUGGCUAACUGGGGAGUCAACAAACUCGGAUUGAAACAAUAUGCUCAUAAACCCGCUGGUACAUACAGUGGAGGAAAUAAAAGAAAAUUAUCGGCUGCUAUCGCGUUCAUCGGAUGUCCUCCCGUUAUUUUCUUGGAUGAACCAACUGCUGGAAUGGAUCCAGGUGCCAGGAGAUUUUUAUGGAAAAGAAUUUCUGAAGUUAUUAAAGUUGGAGAUUACAAUACUGAUGGCCAUAAUAGAUGUAUUGUACUUACGUCGCAUAGUAUGGAAGAAUGUGAGGCGUUAUGUACUCGUCUUGCUAUCAUGGUCAAUGGAAAAUUUCAAUGUAUAGGAACUCCACAACAUCUUAAAAAUAAAUAUGGGAAAGGAUAUACCGUGUCAGUACGUGUUGGUGGUGAAGAAUCUGAUUUAAACAAAGUUUUAAGUUUUCUUCUUGAUGGUUUCCCAGGAGCUGUUUUGAAGGAAAGACAUCAUAAUAUGAUUGUGUUACAACUUCCACUUGAAGUAGUCAAACUUGCUGAAGUCUUCAAACUAAUUGAAAUAAAUAAAACAAAUCUUCAUAUUGAAGAUUAUUCUGUCAGUCAAACAACACUGGACGAGGUAUUUGUUAGUUUUGCAAAACAUCAGACUGAUGGUGAAGACCAGCCUGUGAUGAUAGCUACAAAUUCACAAAACAGCGACAACAACUAUGAAAUGAGUGAAACAAUGAAACAAGAUGUGAUUGCAUAAAUUUCAACUUGUUUUCAUGUUUUUGUAAUGCAUUACCGUAAUUUAUAUUUUUCUAUGCAGCACAAUUUCUAGUUGUAGUUUAUUCAAAUUAUUAUUAUAUUAUAACUUUUUAUAUAAUCAAGUGCCGAAAUGAAAUUUUCCUGUGAAUAUGUGAUAGUUACUUGUUGAAAUAAGUCUCGUUUGUAUUUACUGAAAAGACCAAAAUACUGAAGUUGAAUAAGGUAGUUUUGUUUUUGCAGGGGAAAUUUAAGGACGUUUUAUGAUGACCACCCCACAUGUUUUUCAAACGGUAUAUAUCUCUCAUUUAUGUGUUUACUAUUGCAUAUUGCCAAAUAAUAGUUUGUACUUGUAUGCUUUGCUUACAGCAAUUUAAUUAUCUUUAUUUCUAUAUGUUCCUUAGUGCAGCAUGAUCAUGAGUACCAUCCUUAAAACUGGCUAAUAAUUUUCUAUUAGUGUCACUAUCAGCUACUGGCUGAAUCUCCUCUACAACUAUGUGCAAUUUGAAUUCAGUUUUGAUGUUUUUAUGUUGUUCAAUUGAAUGCAAAUGCACUACAAAACUUUCAUUAAUGCAGUAUUUGUGAUUGCUCCCGGCUACUUUACUCCUUGUUUCAAAAUUCCGUUUUUGAAUGAAUCAACCAUUUGCUUAUUGUGUUUAGUUUGAAACUCUUAAAAUAAUGAUUUCAAUGGUUUUGAAUAUUGUAUUAAUAUAGUUUGAACAUUUAUCUACCAAUUUUUAGUGUAGAAUAGAGUAGUGUAUAAAAACCUAAAUAGUAUUUGAUAUUAUUUUUUCCAUGUCUAGUUACUUCAAUUGCAAUCAAUGCAAAUUGUGAUGCAACAAUGCAAUGUUUUUUUGUAUAUAAUCAUAAUUUGAUCAUCUAUCAACAUCAUUUUUUUAUUUUUGCUAUGAAUUAGCAAGUGAUUAGUUACUGAACUUAAACUUAUACCUGUCGUAAUUGAUCACCAAUAAUAAAUAAUAUUAGAAUUACCUAAUUUGGGGCAGAAUAUUAUUACCUUCUUGCUUGAGUUCAAAUUUAUCUAUCAAAUUGUGGAUUUUAAUACCUGUUGAAGUUUGGGGGUUUCGAACUACCGGUACCUUUUUUAUGGAAUAAAUUGCAUAGAUUGAAUGAGAACUUGGUAUAGACGUCGUUCGUUCCAAUAACUUUGUAUAACUAAUCACAAGAGUUAAUUUAAUGUAUGUUUUAUGUUAAUUAAGUAAUUAUGUAAACAUAACGCAAAAUACCAUCUUCAGCUAUUCUAUGCGAAAAUGUGGAAUAGCAAACCUUAAUAAAAUGGACCAUAUUCUGAAAUUUUGUCCCAGUUUCGACAAAAAAUUCUGAUAUCCUUUUAUGUCUUUUAAUUAGAUGCAUGGAAUUUGUAUUUCAUUGGUACUAAUUGUAAGUACUAAUUGUAGAUUCAGAAAAUAAUUUUUAUUUUUACAUGCAUUUGCACUAUUAUUGUUUCAUAUUCUGUAUAUUGAUAAUCAUGUUACGUUUACAGUACAGUGAAUGUAAUCUGCAGCAUGUAAAAUAAAUGAAAUAUUUUGACUUU